AUGUCUGACCAAAUUGACCUUUCCAUUUACCAACCUAACCUGAACAACAAAUAUACUGGGGACCCUUGGUCUAUUUUCAAUGCUGCUGCGCAAAGGAGAAAAGAGAGGGAAGUCAACUUAAAGCAGGAAACUCUCUCACAGCCAGAAAGUGACGAGGAAAGAAGGCGGGUACUAGAACAGGUUAAAGUGGACGUUAUGCUGUUCACUGCAGAAUACCAAAAGAAAAACCAGCUUGAUUGGGUUGAUUUGGAAGCACAAAUUAAUGACGAAGAAUAUUAUUGUCCAGAAGCCGAAGCAGACUAUGACGACGGCAAAUCAACAGAGUCUGAUACGGCUGUCGAAACUGAUGCCGAAAGGGAAACGGCAUUUCAAGCUGAAUGUGUGGUGUCAGCGGAGGUGGAAUAUUCUGACGCUGAAAUAACACAGGAUGAAGGCUCGAGUGCUGACGGUGUGGACCAAUAUGACGAAGAAUAUCGUGAUACAAGUAGUAUCUACGAUGAUAUUAACGAGGAUGUCGCUAGCAACAACAACAACGUGGUAAAAGAAGAUGAUGAGGAAUGUCUAGAUUAUAUCACUGACACUUUCGAGAUCAAAAGAAUCAAUAAAAGACUCGAAGAUGCCAUUGAAUAUUAUAACAGGAAAGAUGUUGAACGCAAGGGUUUCGGAGACAGAAGUUUCAUAGAGAAAGCAUUUAAAGAGUUCGAAGCUGGAGAGCUGAGCGAAGACAAGUUGCAUUCUCUCGAGAAGACCGUUGCAUUUUACAACAGGCCCUCAUCAGCAGAUCGUCUUCACUUUGCAAACAUCAGAUUGAGACGUUCUGCUAGAAAGAUAGGAUUCGGGGAAACCAGGAUUAAGACUUACAACGUCGGUGAAGUCGUAACCAAGGAGGAGCAUCCGGUAAAACCAAAACAUGGAGCUCCUGGUAAAUCAAUUUUAAAGAACACAAAUGUGAAGAAAUUUCAAACGCCAAAGGGCGAUUACAAUCUUGUCGGCACAGAUUUACUUGCGAAUGCCAUUGCAAGGCUGUUCAAUUUGUCCGACAUGCCAUUGAAGUUUUUUGACAAAGAUGAUCCCAUAAGCUCCCUAACAUGGGCGGCUCAUGGUAUUGCAAAUGCUUUUGGAUUGAAAGAGCUAUGCAUGGAGAAUGUGAUGAAUGGAAAGAUAGAGGCCAGGAAAAAGGCCAUAAAGCAGCGUGAUGAGUGCAUAAAAAAGCUGCAGACCGAAAAGAGUUCACUGGUAGGUGAAGUGAGUGAGUUGAAAGAGAAACUAGAAAAGGUGACCACUGAGAUGAAUCUUAAGACCCGUGAAAGCAGAGAAUACCUAGACCUAGCAAACAAUAGGACAAGGGAGUUGAAACGGACCGUGGGAAACAUGGAAGAACUUAAGAUUGACCUCAUUGAGGCCACAUCAAAGGCGGAAACCCUGGCAGUUGAGAAUAAUGAUUUGAGGAAGAAUACCAAAGAGCUAAGGGCUAACUUGGUUGAACAGAAAGAGACCAGUAAGUCACUGAAUGCUCAUAUUAGGAUUUUGGAGAAAAAAUUGGUACAUGAGCAAAAACGAUUAAGCGAUAGUUGGAGUAAAAUACAAUCGUUGGAGCAGUAUACGAAGGAAAGCUUGAAGUUGCAGUCUGGGCUUCAGGCGAUUGAUAAAUCGAAUGAAAAGCUCGUCGAUGAAAACAAAAAGCUUCGUACACUGAACGACCGAUUGUCUGUUAAGGUGAAAGAUGUGGAAGUAUCUCUCAGUAAAAUUGGAAGAAGCCUAGAGACCUCACAAUGUAACGAGUCAAAACUGCAAGAAGCAAAUCAAAGUUUAGCCAAAGAGCGAGAAGAAAAUCAUGAAAAGAUUGAAAGGUUGGAGGAAACCAACCAUGCUUAUAGAGCGGAGUUUGCCUUGCAGUUUAGACAGUUAGAGGCCAAGUAUGCAGAAGCCGUGAAGGAGUGCAAGAUCAGAGAUAAAGAGAUCCGCAAGGCUGAGCGACAAUUGGAAAAAAGGGCCCAGGCUCUGAGAGAUACUGGCUGGAAGAUGGCUAAAAAGCGCGAUGAUAAUACUGUCCAUGUUUAUAGUGAGAACAUGGCCGAUGACGGAAAUUGUGUCGAUAGACGACGACGGAAUGCGGACUCAGACGUACAGGUCAGUGGAGGACAUGGGCAUAAAGUGUUAAGAUCACUGAGCAAUAAAAUGCAUGUGCACAUGUCCUCAACUGACUAUAAGUUGGGCCGUUAUUGA